AUGGCUGUCGCAUCACAAGUUCGGCCGUACAGGCGCAUUCUUACCUCGGCACUGCACCGGCGAUUUGUUCAUGCAUCUGCUCUUUCUCUUCUGGUUUGCUAUGUUAUCUCCAUUGUGAUUGGCGACAAGACAUCGUUAUUCUGGACAUGGUUUCCCAUCGGUGCCUGCGGACUGCGCGCAGUCAUGAUUUUCCUUUCGGUUUUAAUGGUAUUCGUGCUUCGAGUCAGUCAGAUGCACCUAGGCUCGAGGACAACGUCAUCUCCGCUCGAAACAGCUAAGCACCUGCUCCCUUUUCAAGUCGCCUACACUUUCGGCUGUUAUCUAUUCUCCGCUUGGUGGUUCACCGAGCUAUAUUUGUGGUCCUCUUCCAAGGAAGCGCAAUUGGACAUUGUGAAACGCGGCCGAUCUCACGAGCGCCCGAUCUUGAACGAGAGGCCAAUUUACAUCCACACAUUCCACCUACUGCUAGCUUGUACCCAGGCUUACGUCCACCUCCUCUUCGAUUACGACGAAAUCUUCGUCCCUAUCAGACUGCGAUCUACUGACCCCGCCGAUGAGCGCACCCACCCGAAAGAUAAGAUUCGCUUUGGCUUACGCUCUGAUGGUGUCGAUUGUGGCUCCUUUGCUUUACCUCCUUGUCCUGCGCCAAAGCGCUUGGGCCUUGUCGCUUUACUUCGCGAAACUGUUCUGGAGCUUCUCGCGCUCGGCAGCUCACCCCGAGACUUUUUCCCCCCUGCAUUCGGUGCUCUGAUCGCGCGAUGCUUUAUGUCGGGCUUUCUACUGUGUGUUAGCUGGCAAUCCGCAAAUUUGUUCUUUUCCAUUUUCCUGGGCAAGGAACCUUUGAAGCGCGGUCAGCCGCUCACAGCCGAUGCGAAGGACCCCAACGCCAGCUUGUUGUCAGGUCUCAAAGCUAAGAAACAUAUCGUGAAGUCCUUUGCGCUUUGGGAACUGGGCCUCAUCAGCCAGCGUCAGCCUGAUCGCCGAAAGGCGAUCUUUAGUGAAAUUGAUCGCGAGGGCGGUUCAACAUGGAGCCAGAUCUUGAGUUGCGCCCAGGAAGAGAUUCUGGCCAUUGUGAAACGAAUUGAUGGAUACAAGGCGCCCAAGUCCGCGUCUCAGCCCGCUGCUCCGAAAACUGCAUCCAAGCCCGAAUUGCAAAGCCUGCCGCGAUUGACGGAUGCACCCCGUGACCAGAACGUCUUUGCAACAGCCCCGAAGGCGACCUCUCGACAUGAAAUGUUCGGUGAAGCUUUGGGUUCGACAGCGAAAGCGUACGGCCAGUCACCGGACUGGACACCCACUGCUCGGGCUCGUGCCCGUGAUGUCUUUGAUAAAGCCUCCACUGCCAUGCUCAGCCCAGAGCGAAAACAGAAACUUCUUGCCUCCGCCCAAGAGUUGAAACGGCUCACUGGCGGUCCGUCCACCACCACCUAUAGGCCCGAGGACGUGCAUCCUCUCGUUGUCCAGGUGCUUCGGUGGUUCCCGGUGUUGAAACAGACAUACGCUCGACGGGCAACCAGCAUUGUUUGCGGAUCUCCUGAUUCCUCUCUUGGUUCAAUUGUCGACGCUGUUGAUUCCUUGACACGCUUGCUGAUUGCCAGUCUCAACGAAGACCAGUAUGGCAAAGUACAAGCUGAUGUUCCGUCGGUGAUUAAUCUUUUCACCCAGACACUAAUGACUCUCGACGCGUUCAUCUACCAAGGAGGCCUGGACGCACACUGGACCGAUAUCGAUUUCCCCCGUCAAGCAAUCUUGAGGCACAGUGGACUGAGGGACCUACUUGAAGCUUUCAGGCCGUAUCUGCGUGAUGUCGGUGUUACUGGAAAGAGCCUCCGCCUAGCGAGAGAAGCAGCCGGUAUGGCAGAGGAUGAGUUGUCUCAGUCGUAA